CCCAUCUGAAUCGCAGUUACCACUCACUCCCAGCUACAGUACGGCCUACGAAACCUUCACACCCCCAACCCCGUCGUCCUUGUCCCCGAGUUCCCCAAAUCCACACCCCGCAGGCGCUGCAGGAUCCGGGCUCCUCUCGGUCGGCGGCCGCCGCCGCGUCGUCCGGCCCCGCUCGAUUGGGUCGCGUGUGCGAUAGGAAGUUCGUCAUACGCCUCGCGGUUUUUCUAGUUUUCUGUUCUGAUUCCUGUGCGCGCGCUUAAAUUUGCUCUGUUCUGAUUGGUCGAUCUGCUUAGGUACGUGCGAUUGUUUUGAUUGCUUGCGGGUGCGCCUAGAUGCUGAUGAGCUGAUAAAUGUCUACUUGCUCUGAUUUUGGUUUGCGGUGACUAAUUGCUCGGCUUGAUUGCGGAUUGUGAUGACUGAUUGUUCGAUUUACUUUUGGUGUGCACGGUGGAGCAUCAGUACAUUUGGCGCUUGAUUGGUCGUGCGAUCUGUAUAAAAUGUCCAUCCCCUUUAUCGUUUUGCAACAACUGCAUGUGCCUGAUUCUUUUGGUUUGUACCGACAGCGUUGGGUGCCUACAGCCUACUUGAGAUGAUAUUGACGAUUCUGGGGUUGUGUUCUAGGUUCGUGGUAAUGUUGUGUGCAUGGUCCGAUACCUGGGAUAAUGGUUCCCCGAUGCCUAUCAGCGAUUGAUUAUGUACCUAGAUAUUGGGCUAGAAUUUAACAGUGCCAAGGACUCUGCGCCUUUAGAAGUUCAGAACUUAUAUACUGUCCUAAGCAAUGCAUUCUGCGACUUCCAUAACCAAUAUUUACUGCAUAUGGUUUCUCGUCAGAAAUGUUUGCUCCAUAUGCAUACCACACUUUUGUUUGCUCUAUCAUCUCUUGCGGCACAACACUAUGCCAUUUUACAUCCUUGAUUUGGCUGUCCUUUGCAAAUACCGGUCAGCACAAGUUGAUUGCAGUUCCUUCGCUAAAUUAAAGAGAAGUAUACGUUUUGGCAACGUAAUGGGGGAACCUAUCAUCUUCUGGACGACUUCCUUUAUGUGCCUACAGAGUCGAGAAUUUGAAGGAGCAGUUUGUGGACUGCUCAGUGCUCACAGGCUAUUCGUUUCUGUACUCCUUGUACAAGAAUUAGGGAGAGCAUUUCUCUUAUGCCAGUCAUGUAAAACUGGGUCACUGGUGUUCUGAGAUGAUCUCUAUUCAGUUGGAAGUAGAUAUAGGUUAAAUUUCAGGUCUGAAUCGGUGAAAUCUCAAGUAGAACCUUAGGAUGAUGCACGAAAGAGCUUGCUGGUUUUCUCCAAGGUACUUCUCAUCAAAGAAUCAAUGGAUUGAAAAUCUGUUAUGGGUAGCAGUGCUUGUUAAGUAAAGAUUUCGAAGAUGAAGCUGAUGUCUGCUGGAGGUAGGCUUCCUUGAAAUCUAACGUCUUAAUGAACCUUUCAGAGUAUAAAAACGUGCACGAGUGGUACACGCUAGCAUGUCGAAACCUUGUCAUGUUUCAUUUUUUUUCUUCAUUUCCUGGCAUUUGAUGCUAUGACGUGUUCCUCUUGCCACAGAAUGGGGGUGGACAACGCGGUAAAUAUCAUGCAGAUGGAUGUUCGAUUGCUUGGGAGUUCUCUGGAGUCUGGAUGGAUACCUAUCGAGUAGUAUUAUUCCCCUCUCAGCUCACUGUCCAGAUAGAUAGUGCUAUCUGUGACUGCUGGGUGAUCAGUUUAUCGAGAUUUUGCUGGUUGGAGAUGUUCGGCGUUGCUUUCAUCUUUUGUGAUGCCUGGCCUUCGGCAGUAUAUGGCAUUCCAGAACUGCGCGCAGUGGUUUCCUCGAAUUUAGGACCUCCGACUGCAUUCUGUACCGGGAGCAAUCCUGCUAAAUACAUGAUAUUUGCAGGUAUUUGUGUUGUGUUUCCAACGUGAUAGCUUUCAGCGGUAAAAAAAAAACAGUCAAGAUGGGCGCAUUGGAUCUACACCUUGAGUCUGCUUCUGCUCAACAUGGACAAGCCAAGCUAAAUGUGGAGGAAUACACCAAGGGCUCUUUGGAGUCUGGUGGAAAUUACAAAAAAGAGAAGAUCAACGGUUCAGAUUCUGAUGAUUUUGAGAAAUUUGAGAAAGGAAUAAUGCAGUAUGGGUGUCGACACUACAGAAGGAGAUGCCGCAUACGAGCUCCUUGCUGCAAUGAGAUUUUUGAUUGCCGGCACUGCCACAAUGAAGUUAAGAAUUCCAUUAAAGUCGAUACACUGAGGAGACAUGAACUUCCACGCCAGGAAGUGCAGCAGGUUAUAUGCUCAUUAUGUGGCACUGAACAAGAGGUACGACAAGUAUGCAUCAAUUGUGGAGUAUGCAUGGGGAAGUACUUCUGUGGAUUGUGCAAGCUCUUCGAUGAUGAUGUUUCUAAACAACAGUAUCACUGCAAUGGAUGUGGAAUAUGUAGAAUUGGAGGGAGGGAAAAUUUCUUCCACUGCUCAAAAUGCGGAUGUUGUUAUUCAAUUGUGCUGAAGAACAGUCAUGCAUGUAUUGAAGGAGCAAUGCAUCAUGACUGUCCAAUCUGCUUUGAGUACUUGUUUGAGUCGACAAAUGAUGUUUCUGUCCUGCCUUGCGGUCAUACCAUUCAUGUGAAGUGCUUGAAAGAAAUGGAGGAGCACUGCCAGUUUGCAUGCCCACUUUGCUCCAAGUCAGUUUGUGACAUGUCCAAGGCAUGGGGGAGACUCGACAUGGAGCUGGCGACUCUAUCCGAUUCUUAUGAUGACAAGAUGGUCCGCAUAUUAUGCAACGACUGCGGGGCAAUAUCAGAGGUGCAGUUCCAUUUGAUCGCGCACAAGUGCCAGAAUUGCAAGUCAUACAACACCCGCCAGAUCUGAAGAAAGUGAUUGUUAUGCGGAUUCUGCAUUCUUCAAGAAGCGUGACGACGCCUCUUGCGUGAGCUGCUGAGCUCUCGGGACGGGGGUCCCAUCAUUGGGUGCAGCUUCAGGUCUUCAGCGAAGGCGUACCACUUGAGAUUAUCUAUCUGUGCUGUUAGCUGCUGUCCUUGAUUGCGCCUCUUUAGCCUGUUAGCUGUUAUUCUAGGUGCUUCCGCCUGUUUACUUCAGUCGUCUGUGGUUCCGGUGUAUUGGUUAUAUUCCUCGCUUCAAGAUUGUGUCCUCGGAGGUCCUAGCUGAGAUAAAUGCCCAAGCUUGUAGCUGGAAGUCGAUUCAUAAUGUAGGGGUCUCUUUUGGCAAGGAUGAGAGAGGUUUGUGGUUGCACGGCAAAUCUAUGGCUCUCCUAGUAUUUCCGUAACUUUAAUUCUUUAUAAGUACUAGAUUUUGCCCUUCGUUUGGAUUCUUGGACGACCAUGAUGCUACUAAAGUGGUUGUCCGAGGUUUAUUUUAGACUGUCACAUCAAAUGUUUUGAUGUGAGUUAGAUUAAAUAAGUUAAUUAUAAAAUUAAUUGCAUAA